AUGCUUUUGUCUGAUUUACUCUUCCAUUUUAGUGGUGAAAGUGGUGCAGGCAAGACUGAAAGCACCAAGCUUCUACUUCAGUUCAUCACGGCGAUUAGUGGAGGCGAUUCCAAUGUCGGCAGACGUAUCCUCGAUUCAAAUCCCAUCAUGGAAGCCUUUGGAAACGCCAAGACUCUCAGGAAUGACAACUCCUCUCGAUUUGGCAAAUAUGUUGACAUCCAUUUCGAUAGAAAAUCAGGCAAGAUUGUGAGCGCAAGAAUCGAGCAGUACCUGCUUGAGAAGUCUCGCAUAGUUCGACAAGCCAUAGGUGAACGAAACUUUCACGCUUUCUACUGCAUGCUUGCUGGUAUGCCUUCUCAGGAUAAACAUCGACUCGGACUCAAAGAUGCUCGAUUCUACAACUACCUAUGCCAGGACUCAGAAUCACCAAUUGACAAUCCAAAUGAUGCAGUAAACUUUGAAACCAUUGUUGCAACUAUGCGACACUUGGAGUUUGCUGACAAUGAAGUCGAAGAAAUUUGGAACCUCCUUGCUGCCCUGCUUCAUCUCGGCAAUAUUUCUUUUUGUGAAGAUCUUCAUGAAAGUACUGAUGCCAGCAAAGUUAAGGAUACACAUCGAUCCGAACUUAGAUAUGCUUCAAACCUCCUUGGGAUGAGCCAUGUUUGUCUGGAGAAAGCAAUGACUACAAAGAGAAUUCAGACAGCUGGAGAAUGUGUAGUGGCCCAGUUUCUACCAUCGAAUGCUUAUACUGUACGAGAUGCAUUUGUGAAGACCAUUUAUGAUCACCUCUUCCGCUGGAUGGUUGAGAAGAUUAACGAAGCCAUCUAUAAGCCAAUCUUUAAGGAAGACACGAGAGUGGUUGAUCGUCAUACAUCAGAGCAUUGGGGUUCAAGUAGUGGAAGUUCUUGUAGUGGAUUUUUCACUCGAUCGAAUACAUGGCCUAAUUCUCCCAAUCCUCAAUCGUCUUCAUCAUCGUUUAAUAUCACCUCAAAUAUUGGAUUCAGCUCUUCUGAAUCGGGAGUUGACUUACAUCCUAACACCCAGUCUUCAGCGGCUGAAAAUGGACGUCUGUCAAUUGGUGUACUGGAUAUUUUUGGAUUUGAGAAUUUCUCCUCAAAUAGUUUUGAACAACUCUGUAUAAACUACGCCAACGAGAAUAUUCAACAGUACUUUGUGAGGCAUAUUUUCAAGUUGGAACAGGAUGAGUACUUGGCAGAAGGAAUCAACUGGACUCACAUUAACUUCCGAGAUAACCAAGAUGUCCUGGAUUUGAUCGCGCAUCAACCCCUGAAUGUUCUAGCCCUUGUUGACGAAGAAAGUAGAUUUCCAAAAGGCUCUGAUACCAGUUUCUUGAGCAAACUUAAUGCUCGACACGGAGAGGCAAAUAAUUAUAUUCGACCCCUAUCGACGGUUGAAACGAGAUUUGGAAUAGUUCACUUUGCUGGGCCAGUGUACUACAAUGUGGAAGGUUUUCUAGAAAAAAAUCGAGAUACUUUUAAUCAUGAUCUAUUGGAUGUUAUCAGCAAGUCCAAUAAUGACUUCCUUCGGAAGUUGUUUGAAAAACGGUUUAAUUUGAAUGAAAAUCGUUCUCGAUCUCUAACUCUCGGAACGCAGUUUAAGAAGUCACUGGAACGACUCAUGUCAAUAAUAAACAGUUGCCAUCCAUUUUUCGUUCGUUGCAUCAAGCCCAAUGAGUUCAAACUGCCCAAAUGCUUCGAUCGAAAUCUCUGUGUUCGUCAGCUACGCUAUGCGGGUAUGAUGGAGACCAUUCAGAUCCGUAGUCUGGGCUAUCCAAUUCGCUAUGAAUUCGCUGACUUUGUAAAUCGUUUUCACAUGUUACUCAAACUCCGUGCCGGCGGUGGUGUCAAUCAAUUCAAUCAAAUGCGUCUUACGAGGUCACAGAAUUUGGUAGAAGAAAUCUGUCGAACUGCAUUUGCCUCAGACGACCUCACAUAUGCUAUCGGCUCUACUAAGGUCUUUUUACGAGUAAGUGAACAGGCCAACCUUAUUUGCGCAAAUAAUCUUAUGUUGCGAAGUUACUACAACCAGUUUGCCACGUCAGCUAACCCUAAUUAG